UGCAAAGCUGUGGCAGAUGUCGCAUUCAUUGUUGAUUCUUCGGGAAGCAUUGGUAGAAGAAACUGGGUAAAAAUGCUGCAGUUCGUCAAAGAUAUGGUGAAAGCGUAUAAUGUUGGUCCACAAAAGACGCAUAUUGCUGUGAUCGCUUACAGUACCGGUGCGAAGGUAGAAUUUAAAUUGGACAGGCUCUUGGGAUCUGAAGUUACAGAGGAAGGCUACUAUAAGCUCAUCGACAGGAUAAGGUUUCAGAGAGGCUACACCUUCAUCGAUAAAGCUCUCCUGCUAGCCAAUGAACAGAUAUUUACCACCAAUUCUGGAAUGAGGCCUCAUCUGCCNUCCCGUUUACAACACUAAUAUAACUGUUAGUCAUAAAACACUUCUAAGUUACUUUGCGUGCCUGCACUGACGGUUUUUCAUUUUCUAUCUCUCCUGCGUUUUUAGAAUUCGUUUGCAAAGCUGUGGCAGAUGUCGCAUUCAUUGUUGAUUCUUCGGGAAGCAUUGGUAGAAGAAACUGGGUAAAAAUGCUGCAGUUCGUCAAAGAUAUGGUGAAAGCGUAUAAUGUUGGUCCACAAAAGACGCAUAUUGCUGUGAUCGCUUACAGUACCGGUGCGAAGGUAGAAUUUAAAUUGGACAGGCUCUUGGGAUCUGAAGUUACAGAGGAAGGCUACUAUAAGCUCAUCGACAGGAUAAGGUUUCAGAGAGGCUACACCUUCAUCGAUAAAGCUCUCCUGCUAGCCAAUGAACAGAUAUUUACCACCAAUUCUGGAAUGAGGCCUCAUCUGCCACAGGUAUUAAAAUUUUUCGCUGGUUUUUUUUUUCAUGUACUGGUCCAGUAUUUUUUAAAGUUUUCUUUUGUUUUAUUUCUUGCCGAGAAAGGUUGUGAUCAUAAAAUGCCGCAAAAAGGUUUCAGUUCCUUAUCCUGAAAACUUUACACAAAAUCUCUCAAUUGUAUCUGUUAAGGAAAAAAUUAAGAAAGGUGGUAAGUUGAGUGUAAUUUAAUUUGAAGUUGAUAGAAAAUGCAGUAGACCAAGAGAGCUAAGCCCUGACAGCGUUGUAAAUGAUAAUAUGGUGAUACCAGAGACACAUGAAAUUCGUCGAGGAAAUAAAAUAUGCCAGCACAUAGAAUAUUUUUUUCAUUUUCUAAGGGACUAAACUUGUGCGGUUAAAUUACUCAAUUUAGAAGCUCUUUCAGUAUUUUUCUUACCUAAAGUAAGUAUGGCCAUAAAGGGUAAACGAUUUCGUCUGCGAGGAUAUCAUUUACCCAUGUACUGGUUAAUUAAGACUUCUAUUAAAACAAAAUAAUUCAAAUGUGAGACUUUACCAAAUACCUUGUCUCACUUCUUACAUGAUUGUUUUUCUCUUACAGAUUGCUAUUGUUAUCACAGACGGUGAACAGACGACAAGCCGAGGACCUUACACGCCCCUUUCAGUAGCAUCCAGAGCACUCAAAGAUAAAGGUGUUAAAGUCUACUCCCUUGGAAUCGGCAAAACUGUCAAUCGAGAUCAGCUAAACGAAACAGCCAGUUCAAGUUCAAAAGUCUUUACAGCUUCCAGUUUCUCAGAACUCGCUCCUAUAGCGAUGAAGAUUGUCCAAAGCUCAUGCCCAGGUAUAGUUUUACAACUAUGAUUCGAUGUUAGUGCAUAUCUUUUACUACGGAAUGACAACGAAUUUUAGCAAAUAACAUAUUGUAGCUAGUUUUAUACAUGUAUAUCAUAUUUACUAAUUUUGUUAGCUUAUUUUUGUUCGCCUUCAAGGCUUCAUCAGGCUUAGUUUCGUGGCGUUUGGUCAAUCUCCAAAAUCUCGCAAGGAAAACAUUUGCUUUCUGUCUUCUAGAUUAUUUGAAACUGCUUUAAUGACUUCAUUUUCACAACCACCAUAUUACAAUUGUUUCACCUCCAUUUUCACAGCCACCGACAUAUUUUUAGCUUCGGUUUCUCUCAAACAAACGCAGCCAACCCAUUUCUAACCAACCCCCCCCCACCAGAUUUGUAUUGUUCAGCCGUUUACAUCACCAAGACCACCACCUCUUAUCAAUUUUUUAUUAGCCUGAAUAUCGACCCAGCACACCAAACACAUUGACUGCACAUCGGCCCUUAAUCGACCUAACCUCGACGCAACAAUCUUGUGUGCCCAAUUUCCAAAGAAGAAACAGAUAACAGGCAUUUAAAAAGUUCUUUUAUCUGAAAAAUGGCGUUCAGAAAUGCAGUACUUAGAUCCCCUGAAUCUGUCUCUGAAUGUACACGAAGAGGGAUUCAUCUUCCAUUUUCUGUUGUUUCAGUCAAACCAGGGAACAUCCAAUUAACUUUGAAUGACUCAAGCAUCUGUCAUGGGGAUGUCUUUAGUUUAAGCUGCUCUGCUGAUGGUGGAAGCCGUACUGAAGAGGUCUAUCAAUUAUUUGAAAAUGAUGUCCUUGUUAGCAGCAGCAGCAGCAGCAGCCCAUUGGUUUGGAGUAAAUCAGCAUUAAUUGGAGGACUGUUCGUUUACAGAUGUGUGGUUGACAACUCUGUGGAGACCGCAAAUGCUACAAUAACUGUCCCUGUAAAUGGUAAAAACACUCCAUUUUUUUUUUCAGUUUGCAAAGUUCAUUUCUUACCCUUCCAUACUCAAUAAUAUUUAACAAUUAUUCCUCGAGCCCGAAUGGCCUCUGAGUGGGCUAUUGACUCAGAGGCAAUGAGGGCGAGAGGAAUAACUUUUUUUGUAAAAUCCAACUAGUUGGUCAAAAUGAUCGAGAAUAAAAAAAAAGUUUUAGCUACUUAAAGCUAGACUUUAAUCCUUUUUUGCCACCAAAAAGCCGGUGCUUUUCGCUAAAGUGGGCUAUAACAUAUAGCCUAGUAGUAACUCGACCAAUCAGAACGCAGCAUUGAUAAUAGACCACUAGUUAGAUUUUACUGAAUAGAUAUAGCCAAGGCCAAAAGCGAAGCUCUCGAGGGAUCUUUUAAGGAAUGUCUUUCUCAAGUAAUUUAACUUUUGCCGUAAGCAGAAAGCAAACUGACUUCUACCUUUAAAAAAAAUGGAGCUGAGCGAUCAAUUCAAAACCAAAAACUGGUCAGCGGAUAACUUUGAAAAAUACGUCAAACCGAUUAGUUGUAAACCUGAGCCCGCGAUAUAAUCAUGUGACACUGGUCAGUGGAUACUCUUUUUUGACAGCUGUCAUCAUAACAUGAAUGUCCAAUACCAAGUUUUAAAAACACAAAAAAUAUAUACCUUUGACUUCCAGCUAGUAAGUGUCUCAUUUCACAUCCGCUAAUAUGAAAAGGAGAACGUCGGACGUACUUACGGGCGAUUUUGUCAGAAUCAAAACUUCUUGGAUGCAUAGAAAAACCAAAAUUUUCUUAUUCAUCGUGCUCCGCUGCGCGCGUCGGCCGGGAGCUCCGCUAAUACCAUAUUGAUUCUUAUAAACAGAGAGAUCUACAAUAGACAGACUGAAUAACAUCACGGUAGUUGAGGGUGAAAACUGGAAUCUGACUUGUGGUGUUACUGGGAAUCCGGUGCCAUCAGUUUCCUGGAAGGAAGUAAAAACUGGUAGCCGUACAGAAGGGAACGUGCUUGCCCUCAUUAACAUUAGAAGAAGUGACGCUGGUGAAUAUGUAUGUGUGGGUAGCAAUUUUUGUGGAAAUGACACCAAGAGCACAUUUCUGACUGUGAACUGUAAGUGACUACUGAUAAACCUUCUUCAGCUUGUAUAUUGUUAUCAUUAGAUCUCAUGAAAUUUACACAACGUUGUUGUCCUCUCUACUUAUUAGAGUUAAACACUGCCUUUACUGAUUAGGGCUAAGCACUGUUUCGAAACUGGUUAGGUUCUUUUUUUGUGUAUCUUUCUCUUUUUUGGUAAUAGCAAACUGUUUGUUCAUUUGGCCGUUUUCGUUAAAGAAACGUUUUUAUCGUACUAUUUCUUUUUCAAAACAAGGUGAUCACACAAUUUGAAAUUAUUUUGGUCUUACGUUAGGGCAAGUUAUGGAUGGAUAUGUUAGUCAGAAUUUUUUAUCUUGUUGGGUCGGAGUGUCCGUCCGUAUUGGGUACUCUUCUAACUCGGCCUUAAAGAAACAAAUUUACCCAUAUUUAUUCAGUAUUUGCCUCUUCAGCAGGGCUGAAUGGGGGUCCUGAUAAACGAAAAUUAAAUCCAUGAGAAUGUAACAAAAUAUAAAAAAGGCAGAUACUCAUGAAAAAUUUACUACCCAACAAAAUAACAAAAUUAUAUUUUUUCAGCAUCUCUUUGAAUUUGGAUAAAGAUUGACAUUGCUUUGCCGAGCCCUAUGGGUCAUUGUUGGCCCUUGCUACCUGGUAUGAUAUGGAUUUGUUUCUAAAUUUAGUUCGCAUAGCCGGAAGUACAAUAUUAAAUUCACUGCUCCACGUUUUAUAAUUAUGGCUAAUUCGCUGUGCAAUAGAAGAACGUUCUGUAGGUACAAGUCCAUUCAAACACUUGUAAAUGAAAGAUUUUGUCGCCGCCUACUAAGUAGGUUAGUCCCGCUAAGUUGUAACACUGGAUCGUUGUUAGAUCCUUCUCUUAGCACAACUAUUGCUGCUCUAUUACGAAGCCUAGAAUUAGCCUGCGAGCAAGCUCUCCUAUUUUGGCAAACGAAGUGAGCUUCGCGAAAACACGCGAGCAAGGGACCCUCGCGGUUCUCGAGACUCGCUUCACUCGCCCAAAUAGGAGAACUUGCUCUCAGGCUAUCCUGAAAUGGGCUGAAUUUUCCUUUGUCUGCUUGUUUCAGUUAAGCCAGAGAAUAUCCAGUUAAGAGUAAAUGACUCAAACAUCUGUCAGGGUGAUGUCUUAAGUUUAAGCUGCUCUGCUGAUGGUAACCCUGCCGUGGAAGUCUAUCAGUUAUUUGAAAAUGAUGUCCUUGUAAGCAGAAGCAACAGAAGCUCAUUGAUAUGGAGUAAAACAGCAACAACUGGAGGAGUGUUUGUUUACAGAUGUGUGGCUGACAACUCUGUGGGGGCUGCAAGUGCUACAACAACUGUCACUGUAAAUGGUAAACAACCAGUGAUUCUGCAUAGACUUUUCUCUUUUCGAAAGUAAUUGUUAAAUAAAAUGUGAACCUAAUUGUCUUACAGUGCUGUUAAUUUUAAAAUAGCGGGAAGCACCAUAAAGACUGUCAACAACAUCACAGCAGUAGAGGGUGAAGACUGGAAUCUGAUUUGCGGUGUUACUGGGAGUCCUAAGCCAUCGGUGUCUUGGAAAGACGUUAGGACUGGCAGCCGUACAGAAGGGGAAGUCCGUGAACUUAUUAACAUCCAUAGAAGUGAUGCUGGUGAAUACAAAUGUGAAGCCAGCAAUUUUUGUGGAAUGGAUAUUGUGAGCACAUUUCUGAUUGUACACUGUAAGUGACGUCUCAUUAGAACACACAUAUGUAAUUAAGUAAGUGAAUUAAGUAAGUAAGUAAUAAGUAGCUAAUCGUCACUAAUUUAAACUUUUUAGUACGCAAUAUUGCCAACACACUGUAACGAAGGUUGUAAACAUCGCGCGAGAUUUAAAUUCAACGGCGACCUCACAAUAUAUAACUCUGAAGAUGACUGAUGUACCGUCGUAUGUCUGCUAACGAAAGUUGGUAUGUUUAUGCGGACACCUGUAACUGUUUCAAAACUCUCGAAUGGGAUCGAACUACGUUAGUAACCUGGAUUCUCUGAGACUCAGCUUCUGAGACAAAUUUUACUUGUUUUCCUUUUCUUUAUUCAGUCAAGCCAGAAGAUGUACUGUUGACAACAGAUCUGAUUUCUAAUAAAGCAAGUCAGUUUGAUGUUGUGAACUUUACCUGCUCAGCUAACGGAAAUCCGCCGGUGGAAUUGUAUCACUUGUACGAGAAUGAUGCUCUCAUUCGUAAUAGCAGCACUGGAAUGAUCAAAGUAGAAUUAAUGAACAGUGGUAACUUAACCUACAAAUGUGCGGCAACCAAUGCUGUGGGGACCACAAGUAGCCAGGAUGUUUUAAUUGCUGUUGAUGGUAAGUAGACAAUUAUAAAAAUUUUAGAUAAUAGUUAUGUUAAGGCAAGUCUCGAUGCAUAUUAAAUUUAUACAAAAUCUUUUUAGCUCUAUAUUGAGAUAUUAGUCAAUGUUUUUCGCAGUAAAUUUCUCAAAAUUGUGCUCAGUUUGAUAGGGCUGAAUGCUCAAAAAUCUGAUUUGGUUGGGGAUAUACCCGUCAAGAUAGAAACGUUAUAAGAACCGCAAAGCGCGCCAUAAUAAUCUCGAUCGCAUUUGCUUUAACUGUUAUUAUCAUCCUCAUCAUCAUCGUCAUUAUUUAAAUUACGAUUAUUACAAUGUCUCUAGGCACUUUAUUUUUAUAAAAGCUAAGUAGGUACAUAAGUACCAGAGUAGCACCUAAAUAUUAAGUAGAUAGUCAUGAAAGAGUAAAGGAUCCAAGAAAUCAGCUCAAAAAAGCUUAAACUAAAUUUCUUUAAAGUAUUUACGCUUUAAGGCCCUCACAGUUUAAUUAAUGAAACACCAAAUUGACCCAGAAUUCUGUGCUUCCGUGCCUGUUGGUUUUCCCCAUUUUCAAUUCGUUUUUUCUCCUGCAUUCUUAGAAUUCGUUUGUAACGCUGUGGCAGAUGUGGCAUUCAUUGUGGAUUCCUCGGGAAGCAUUGGAAGAAGAAACUGGGUAAAAAUGCUCCAGUUUGUCAAAGACAUGGUGAAAGCAUUUAAUGUUGGACCACAAAAGACGCAUAUUGCUGUGAUUGCUUACAGUACCGGUGCAAAGGUCGAGUUUAAAUUUAACAGGCUCACGGGAUCUGCAGUAACAGAGGAGGGAUACUACAGACUAAUCGAGAGGAUUAGGUUUCAGAGGGGCUACACCUUUAUUGAUAAAGCACUCACACUGGCCAACGAACAGAUAUUUACCACAGUCUCUGGAAUGAGACCUUAUUUGCCACAGGUAUGGAAAGUCUUCGCUACGCUCCCUUUUUUGCUCUCACGUUGUUGAGUAUUUUAAAGUGAGAGUUUCAGUCAAUUUUAAACAAUGGCCUCUUGUUUUUAAAAGACAAUACUUAAGAUGUCAUGUUGAAUCCAGCCCCAGUAUAGGCCAUGAGUUUCAAAAUCUCUCACUUUCAAAUCGAGGGCACGUUCAAAACCUUUCUUUUGAAAAUGAGUUUUUUUUUUAAUGAGAAUUAAAUCAUUUCAUGUCAACAGCUUCGCACUUACGCUCGCUUUAAAGUAGAGUCUUGAGCAACUCGGAAUUUGCCUAUUAACUAAAGAAGGAAUCUGACCAAAAAUAUGUCGCAACUCGAGAAUUCCCAAUCCCGACAAAAUAAUAAAAAAAGAAUUAUAUAAGAAUUAUAACAAAAAAAAAAAAAAAAGGAUAAAAAAAGGAAAAUAAGUAAAUUCUCUAAAUUUCAACCUUUUAUUAUUUAAUAUUUUUUUUUUUUUUUUUCUUCUUUUUCUUUUUUAAAACUACAUUUAAUAUUACCAAAAACAUUAAACCACCAACAACAUCUCUCCUAUCUUCAAUACUAAAAUAAUUCAUUUAAACCGUUGCGCACUUACGUUCGCUUUAAAGUAGAGUCUUUAGAAACGAGGAAUUUGUCAAGUAAAAAAACGAGAAAUUUGAGCAAAAAUAUGUCGCAACUCAAAAAUUCCCAAUACCGACAAAAAAAAAAAAAAAAAAUUAUAAAAGAAUUAUAACAAAAAAAAAAAAAAAAGGAUAAAAAGAGGUCAAUAGGGAAACGCUCGAAAUGUCAGCCUUUUAGUCUUUGACAUGUUAAAAUGGCUACAUCGACUUCAUCUUUGAUAAAACUCAAUUUUAUUUUUCCAAGUAUCUUGACUCACUAAUAAGAUCUUUUCUUUCUUCCUUCUCAGAUUGCUAUUGUUAUUACAGACGGCGAACAGACAACAGACCGAGGACCUUACACGCCUCUUUCAAUAGCAUCCAGAGGAAUCAAAGAUAAGAAUGUUAAAGUUUAUUCCCUUGGAAUUGGCAAAAAAGUCAAUCGAGAUCAACUGGGCGAAAUAGCCAGUUCAGACACUAACGUCUUUACGGCUGCCAAUUUCGCAAAACUUGCAUCCGUGGCGCAGAGCAUAGUCCAAAACUCAUGUCCAGGUAAGAAAAGAUAA